AUUCGAUUCAAUAAUACGUCCAUAAUUGCCGUCACCUCUGUCUUCUCUUAUGACCCCAUCUCAACUUUCUCCGAUCCCAUCAUUCCUUUUACUUUUUAGUUUUAUCCUCGUUUUUGUUGCAUCACAAAUAACAAACACUAAUCUUUUAUCGCCAUUCGCAUAAACAAAAGGUUGUAGUUAAUGAGUUUGCUAUCUUCAAAGAUUGUGCAGUAUCGUUUUUUGGAGCAUAAAUACAGAGAACAGGGGUAUAUUAGAAAAGUGAGUGUUUUUCCUUUUGGUGAUAUUGUGUUGGAGAAGUUUCAAGUUUUGGGUCAAUCUUGAAUUUGGUAGAUGGGUUCUUUUCCUGGGCAUGUUCUUCCUGGGACACUGUUUCUUGUGAUUGGUGUGUGGCAUAUAUGGUCUGCUCUUGUUAGAUAUUCAUCAAAUCCCAAGUCAUUUAGGGUAAGGGUUUGGAGCCCUGUUCCGGGUUUUGAUGGGAAGUUGAAAUAUUUGGAACUUUAUGUGGUAGCAAUUGGAGGUUUCAUUGAUUUCUGUAUUGAGCUCUUCUAUUCGACACACCUCAGACUUCUCGUUCAUGGGGCUUUGAAUCCUAUUCAUAUGAAUAACUUUGAGCAUGCUGGAAUGCUUCUAAUGUUCGUCAUCUUUGGUUUGAUUGUGCUUCUUUCAGAGAAAACCAGUUUUCUUCCCUUGCCUGAAGGAGCUCUCUGCUUGAUCGCUGCCACAGCAUUCUCUGCAGAGUAUUUCUUGUUCUUUUUCCACUCCACAACCCACAAAGGCCUCGAAGGGUACUAUCACCUUAUCCUUGUCCUCCUCAUUGGCCUAUGCAUAUUGAGUACUAUCGCUGGAGCUCUUAUGCCCACCAGUUUCCCUAUUGAUUUGGCUAGCGGCAUUUCUGUAGCACUCCAAGGCCUUUGGUUCUAUCAAACUGCAUUCACUCUGUAUGGUCCUAUGAUGCCAGACGGUUGCCAACUCAAAGGGAACGAUGUCAUGUGUCGUUCAGAAGAUAGCGAAGUUCGAGGGGAGUUGCUAGCAAACCUCCAACUUUUCUCCAUAAUAUUUGUUGUCCUUGCUGCCACUGCUGGAGCUUAUGGUUUUGCAGCUUCAGAGACUAGUCAUAAAGAUAUUAGGAAUUCUCAUAUGGCUCUUGAUGGUUAGGAAAAUUGAUAAUAGCAUUAGCCAUUUUUGUAACAUAUUCUUUGGUCAGGGAAAGGCCUUAAAUGAGGAUAUUGCUCUUAAAUUAUUCAUUUGUCUAGCUUGGUAAGUGUCAAUUUGACCUUAAAAAAGUAGAGACCAUUGUUGUAUUGUUACUUUAAUUAAGGUAGUUGCUGGUAACUAUGCUUAACAAAGCACAAAUAAAUUUGACCAAUUAUGGUGAUUACAUACAACAUA